GAAAGCUGCACAACUCCAGAUGGCACUAAAUCAGAGGGCGAGGUCUGGUAUGACGACUCACGUUGUAUUAAGAUGACGUGUAUGCAGGGAUUUCCCGUUACGUCCAGCUGUGGCAAGCCGCAGCCGAGGGGCAAGAACUGCAGGCCUAUUCCGGGCAAAGGGCGCUUCCCUGAGUGCUGCACAAAGCUGCUGUGCCAGACAGGAUUCUCGCCAAGCAACAUGGGAUCAUUGACGCAGCAGGCGAAGAAAAUAUUGCUGGAAUCUGAUGGAGCGCCUGCCAUGAAGCGUGCUGCGCCCGAGCCCGUGAAGCAACUGGCCAGGAGUGCUCCGAGAAGUGCUUCGAGCAGUGCGCGAAGCUCAGACCCUAGGCUUAUCAAUGAGGUGUUGAGAGGUAAUGCGGUGUCGAGAGGCCGCAGCGGUGGGGAACUAUCGCGUGCGGACGAGGACCUCAUGGAAUCGGUGCGCACAGUUGGUCUCGAGCCCAGUGACACCGAAGAACGACGGGAAGCGUCUGAGGACACGGAAAAAUAA